AGGGAGGGAGGGAGGGGAGAGCCGCACUCUAUGCAGGGCAGGAAGAGGUAAGGUGGAGACACAACAACAACUACAGGUCUACGCGGCACUGGAGACGAGAAACACCCACCUCUCCGCCCGCACUCGAUCACAAGGAGUUGCAGUUUAGAGAGUGAGCAUGUCGGGCCGCGUAAUGGACAGCCCGCCGCCCUACAACUCCGGCAGUGAAUACUACCGUGGCUCUGCCUAUGCACCGAGUAAGGAUAUGUACGAUGGUGAAGUGCGAUCUCAACCCGCUGGCUCCUACUAUCCAGAUGACCUGCAGCGCUUCUACAAAUGGACUUCUCCUCCAGGAAUUAUCAAAAUUUUAUCAGUCCUUAUCAUCGUGAUGAGCGUCGGAAUCUUUGCUUGUGUGGCGUCAACUUUGCCCUGGGACAUGGACCAUUUAGGAGGGGGGAUGGCAGGAGGGGCGGGAGGAUUUGGAGGUUAUGGAGCAGGUGGUCCAGGCGCUGGAUCCGGCACAGGCUACGGAUAUGGAGUGGGAGUUGGAGCAUAUGGAUAUGGGGGUGGCUACACUGAUCCACGUGCUGCCAAGGGCUUCAUAAUUGCAAUGGCUGCUGUCUGCUUCGUUGUACUGCUGGGUGUCUUUAUCAUACUUGUUACUAGAACCAGAUUUUCAAGAACAAGGAAGUUUUACCUGGUUCUGCUAAUUGUGUGUGCUUUCGUUGGCUUUAUAAUGUUUGUGGCGACAAUUGUCUACCUGAUGGGAGUCAACCCCACAGCACAGGCUGCGGGAUCCGUCUUUUACAACCAGCUACUGACCCUCUGCAACCAGUUCUAUAUCCCUGCCAACACUGGCGUCUUCACAAAUCAGUAUCUCUAUCACUACUGUGUCGUUGAACCACAGGAGGCCCUUGCCAUUGUGAUGGGGUUCACGAUCAUAAUAUCUUUGGGCCUGAUAAUCUUCUUUGCAUAUAAAACACGAAGCAAAAUGACACGAUAUGGCAAAGAGAACAUCCUGUGGGAUAAGAUUCCCAUGGACCGCGAGAUGCCUCCAAAUGUCGAAGAAUGGGUCAACAACGUGUCUGGAGUUCCGGAGGAACUAGCGAAUGAUGGCUAUUCUUAUAAACCAAAUGGUUCAGUGAAUGACACAGACUAUGAGUCCAACCAUGGAAACAGACGGCACCCUAAUAAUGUCCAGCCAUCACGUAAUCCUGAAGUUUCAGUACCACUAAUGCGCGAGCCGCCUAGGCCUCCGUCCAGCAGAGAUUCUGAUGAAAGCAAGCCAUCUUCACAUAGAAAGCCACCCAGGAAGAGGAGACCUGGAAGAGCAAAGAGAGCCGACAAUGAUGAAUAUGAAACAGAUUAUACAACCGGUGCAGAAUCCUGUGAUGAACUCGACGAAGAAGACUUGGAAGGUAAGUAUCCACCAAUCACUUCAGACCAACAGAGACAAGAUUAUAAAAGGGAAUUUGACAACGAUUUGCAGCAAUACAAGGGUCUCCAAAGUGAAAUGGAUGAAAUAAACAAACACUUUUCCCAGCUGAACAAGCAGAUUGACGAGACUGAGGACAGUGAGCAGUAUCAGGUUAUUGCUGCUGAGUAUAAUCGACUAAAAGAAGUGAAGAACUCUGCAGAUUAUCGGGAGAAGAAGAGUCUUUGCAAGCAACUUAAGACAAGGUUGGCUCACAUCAAACAGAUGGUCAGCAACUUUGACAACCAGAAACCUUGAAUGCUAUUUCUUCUCAUAGAAAAUCAAAGUGGAGGAUUGUUACCAGCAGAGUGCCAAACAUUGAGUCUGACAAGAAAUGUGAAGCCAGCACAUUUAAAGGGACCAAAAAAAAUAAUUGCAUGGUUUCAGAUACUUUACAGUACCUUGAUAAGAUUUGAAAAAUUUUAAGUCUCCUAUUGAGCAAUAAUAAUUUCUCAGCUUUAAAAUUUGUAUUCUGUUGGAUGGAAAAUAUUUUUAAUGUUUUAUUUUGUGAAUAGUACAAAAAAGUUGAUUUUUGGAACUGUGGGCCUUCGGGUUUAAGUUUCUUGAAUUGAUAUUGGUUCUCAGCUUUGCUAAAGGUCAUCUUUAAUAGAACAUCUUAUGUAGAAAGUGAUUUUUGAUUUGUAGGAUUUGUUUCUUCCAUAACUGCGGGAUUUUGCUCAAAUUAUACUUGGACAUUUGUUAACUAAGCUUCUGAUGCGAUUCGAGCCAAUGAAUUAAUGCUGUUUUUCCAAAAGUCACAUUCUGUGAAUUCAAAUUAUUAAAGGUUACAUUAUUUGGUAUAAACAGUUUUUAAUCAUGUCUUAAUACACAUGUCUGAUCAGACACUCUUCAUAUCAAUCAAUGAACAUUGAAACAAGGCAGUGGUUUGCCAUAUAUUUUAUAGCUAAUCAUCUAUGUAGUUAUUAUUGGAAUGUUUUUAUUACAACUUAAUAACCAGGGAUGAUGUGUUUGCCAUGUAUAUAAGAGGGGCACCAGCACAUCGAUUAAGCUUGUAUCUUGGGAUACACAGUCUAUAAAACACAAAGCAAAAACAGCUGAAAUCUGGGCAAUUUUUUUAUUCUUGACAAAUCCAAUGUAUUUUUAUUGAAAUCAAUAUGUAUAUUAUUUUUAGCUUUCUUGAUACUAGAGUGCAUUUCGUGAUACAUUAGUAGGUAAACCAAGUUUUUAAAAUCAUGACUUUUUUGUAACUACCUGCUCUGUUUACACAAGUAUGAGUUGUGAAAUUAAGCAUGUUUAAACUCAAUAAAAUUUAACGAUCUGCAUUUUUAA